AUGGAGCCCGACCUCUCGAAGAGUAUCACUAUGCACCCGCAUCCCUUCCGCUUCCACGCGCCCGCACAUCUCGCCAACUCUUCGCGGCACUCGUCCCGGCGUGGCUCAGUGAACCUAAGCAACGAUGAGAUCGCCCCCAAUGCUUCUAGCACCGCCGUGGAGACGGUGAUCCCAGCGAACAACGAGAAGAACGAACCCGUCCCCCGUCACUCUGCCACCGCCACCGAUGUCGAAAGCCAGUCCCGCCCCCCCAGAACAGGCCCCGACUCCGACCCCUACGGUUUGUCCUCCGCCUUCAAGACCCCGGAGGACCUCGCCCAGAUCAAAGCCAACAGCUCCCGCAAGAGGAACCGCAAGGAUGCGAAACGAGGCCCCCGACCCCGUCCCAGAAGGGUCCAGGAGUUCUACGAAACACAGAACGCCGCCAUCGAGCGUAUGCUCAAGUCCGUCGACCAACACGUCGCAGAGGCGCGCCAGGAGGCAGGCGACACCCACCUCCAGUUCAAGAUAGCCGUCUGGGGCUCAUUCGUCGCCAACAUCAUCCUUACCGUCCUUCAGGUCUACGCCGCCGUCACCACCGGAUCUCUGUCCAUCAUUACCACAAUGGCCGACGCAGUAUUCGACCCGCUCAGCAACCUGGCGCUCAUCCUUUCCGCGCACGCCAUCAAAAGCGUCAACCCCCGCCGCUUCCCGGCUGGCAAGGCACGGCUGGAGACCGUAGGCAACGUGAUCUUCUGUUUCCUGAUGAUAUCGGUGUCCAUGAUCAUCAUCGCCUUUGCCGCGCGCGACCUCAGCAACACGAAGCGGGAAGAAGGGGGGGAAGAGACGAACAACUUCCGCCUGGAGCCCAUCAUCGCCGUCAUUGUGGCCUUCGCCACCAAGUUCGCCCUCUUUGUGUACUGCUUUUCUCUGAGGAACCGCUACUCCCAGGUACGCAUCCUGUGGUCCGACCAUCGUAACGACCUGGUCGUCAACGGUUUCGGCAUCCUCACGUCCGUCGGUGGAUCAAAGCUUAAGUGGUGGAUCGACCCAAUGGGCGCCACAAUCUUGUCCUUGAUCAUCACGGCCAUCUGGCUGCGCACCGCUAUUGCCGAGUUUCUGUUGUUGGUGGGCGUUACUGCGUCGGUCGAGACGCAGCAGCUCAUCACGUAUGUUUGUCUGACGCACUCCCCGGCCAUCCAGGGUAUCGACACGGUCCGUGUCUACCAUUCCGGUCCUCGGCUCAUUGCCGAGGUGGACAUCGUGAUGGGCCGCGAGAACACGCUCGCCGAGACGCACGACGUGGCCGAGGCGCUGCAGGUCAAGUUGGAAAGUCUGCCGGACGUGGAGCGGGCCUAUGUACAUAUCGACUACGAGACCACUCACAAACCCGAGCAUACCUUCAAGAAGGACCUGUAG